GGCUCGCAGUGGGUGGGGAGUGUUGUUAACCGGGGUCGCCUCCGCAGUCGCGGGGUUUGAGCGGGCUCGCGGCGCUGGGCUCCUGGUCCCUAGGCCAGGGCAAUGUUCCGCACCGCCGUGAUGAUGGCGGCCAGCCUGGCGCUGACCGGGGCCGUGGUGGCUCAUGCCUACUACCUCAAGCACCAGUUCUACCCCACCGUGGUGUACUUGACCAAGUCUAGCCCCAGCAUGGCAGUCCUGUACAUCCAGGCCUUCGUCCUUGUCUUCCUCUUGGGCAAGGUGAUGGGCAAGGUGUUCUUCGGACAGCUGAGGGCAGCAGAGAUGGAGCAUCUUCUGGAACGCUCCUGGUAUGCUGUCACUGAGACUUGUCUGGCCUUCACUGUUUUUCGAGAUGACUUCAGCCCCCGCUUUGUUGCGCUCUUCACUCUCCUUCUCUUCCUCAAGUGUUUUCACUGGCUGGCUGAGGACCGUGUGGAUUUUAUGGAACGCAGCCCCAAUAUCUCCUGGCUCUUUCACUGCCGCAUUGUCUCCCUUAUGUUCCUCCUGGGUAUCCUGGACUUCCUCUUCGUCAGCCAUGCCUAUCACAGCAUCCUGACCCGUGGGGCCUCUGUGCAGCUGGUGUUUGGCUUUGAGUAUGCCAUCCUGAUGACUAUGGUGCUCACCAUCUUCAUCAAGUACGUGCUGCACUCUGUGGACCUCCAGAGCGAGAAUCCCUGGGACAAUAAGGCCGUGUACAUGCUCUACACGGAGCUGUUUACAGGCUUUAUCAAGGUUCUGCUGUACAUGGCUUUCAUGACCAUCAUGAUCAAGGUGCACACUUUCCCUCUCUUUGCCAUCCGGCCUAUGUACCUGGCCAUGAGGCAGUUCAAGAAAGCUGUGACAGAUGCCAUCAUGUCUCGCCGAGCUAUCCGCAACAUGAACACACUGUAUCCAGACGCCACCCCAGAGGAACUCCAGGCGAUGGACAACGUCUGCAUCAUCUGCCGAGAAGAGAUGGUGACUGGUGCCAAGAGACUGCCCUGCAACCACAUUUUCCACACCAGCUGCCUGCGCUCCUGGUUCCAGCGGCAGCAGACCUGCCCCACCUGCCGUAUGGAUGUCCUUCGGGCGUCGCUGCCGACCCAGUCACCACCGCCCCCUGAGCCCGCGGAUCAGGGGCCACCACCUGCCCCCCACCCCCCACCACUCCUGCCCCAGCCCCCCAACUUCGCCCAGGGCCUCCUGCCUCCCUUCCCUCCAGGCAUGUUCCCGCUGUGGCCCCCCAUGGGCCCCUUUCCUCCUGUCCCACCUCCCCCCAGCUCCGGAGACGCUGUGGCCCCUCCGUCUACCAGUGCAGCCCUUUCUCGGCCCAGUGGAGCAGCCACAACCACAGCUGGUUCUGCUGCCUCUGCCCCAGCACCUGGCUCAGCCUCCGCCCCUGACGCUGGCCCCGCCCCAGGCUUCCCCUUCCCUCCCCCCUGGAUGGGCAUGCCACUGCCUCCACCCUUUGCCUUCCCCCCGAUGCCUGUGCCUCCUGCCGGCUUUGCUGGGCUGACCCCAGAGGAGCUGCGGGCUCUGGAAGGCCACGAGCGGCAGCACCUGGAGGCCCGGCUACAGAGCCUGCGCAACAUCCACACGCUGCUGGAUGCCGCCAUGCUGCAGAUCAACCAGUACCUCACCGUGCUCGCCUCCCUCGGGCCCCCCCGGCCUGCCACCUCAGCCAACCCCACUGAGGAGACUGCCCCUACAGCUGUCGCUGCCGCCUUCUCCACCAGCACCCCCAGCUCUGAGGCCACCACCCCAUCCCUGGGAGCCUCCCCACCAGCCCCUGAACCUGAAAAGCCUCCAGCUCCUGAGUCCGCGGGCACCGAGGAGCUGCCUGAGGAUGGGGAGCCUGACGCAGCAGAGCUCCGCCGCCGUCGCCUGCAAAAGUUGGAGUCCCCUGUUGCCCACUGACACUGCCCCAGUCCUGGCCCCUGCCCCCACUCUUGAGCAGUCCUCGCUGGAACACGUCCUGCCACCAAGUGCCAGCUCCCUCUCUAUCU